AUGUCCAACCCAGAGCAUACAUUCCAGGAACUUGCCCGCAUCUUCUCAUCUAGAGGAAACCAAGUCCUCGAAAUCGAGAUCAUCCCUCCAAGCCUAGGCGCAACAUUCCUGCAAGAUGGCUGCUCAGUGGGAAUCACAAAGAAAGCACUCGUGCAGGCGUACACGGUCGCGCGAGCACUCUUCUUCAAGACGUUAAUGCCCAUGUCAGAAGAUGACUUGCAAAGUGCGAUUCUCACAAAAGCCCAGUCAACAAAUACGGUUACAACAAUUACAGAAGUGAUGCUACUAUUUGACUGUGAACAUCUCACAGCCUGCAAUUGGCGCAAGCGUCGAUUAUGCGCAGCCAUGGCACAUUCGAACGCCAAGGAUAUUCCAAACCAGACCCCCGCCGUAACAGAACUCUUAGAAGCUGAGCUUACGCUCAUGUCGAGUUACCAAUGCUCGCCACUUCAUCGCCAUACCAAGUCGCCUACGUUAUGGUACCACCGGCUCUGGGUGCUGAGGCAUCUACUCGAAAGACGGGCCUGGAGUGCCGAGGCUAUGCUACAACUCCAGCGGAGUGAACUGGAGAUUAUUCUUCGUGCGGGAGAACUGCAUCCGAAGAAUUACUAUGCGUUCAGCUAUAUGCGACAGCUGAACGCGCUUCUUGCCGAAAGAAUGGCAGGGAAACCAGACUGGAAAGCUGAAGCGGCGCUGCCCAUUGUCAACCGGACGAUUGAAUGGUGCCUGGCUAAUCCGCGCGAUAUCUCUGGGUGGAGUUUUGGGAUAUACGAGCUGAGCCGUGUCCCCGAUUACACGGUGCGAGCGCAUGCGCUUGAGAAAGUGCUCACGUUUUCGCUUGGUGUUGGGUGGGAAGGCGAGAGUCUUUGGACAUUUGUCCAUCAAGCUGUUAAGCAAUUCGGCCUUGAAAGUGUGGCAGAUGGUAUGGGUUUAUGCUGCAUCCUGGAAACUGUAUCCAAGGACUCCCCAAGUACGCAGGAUGCUUUACAGAAGAAGUCAUGGCAGACCUGGUUGGACCGGGCGAGGGUAUACUGGGCAGUAAAUGGUCAGAAUGAUACUUCGUAA